AUGCAGACGACGAGAAGCGCGAGCAAUAACCGUGUCGGACUGUUCGCGCGCUCGUCUGCAGUUUUAUCAUCAUCUUCGAGAAGAAGACAACCGAGGAGAAGACAUUUUACUACUACCAGUAAGAACAACGACGCGAAAACUCGAGGUCGAAAAGUAUUCAGAGCGCACGACAAAAGAAGAGAAGAAGAUAACUUAGAAGAAGAAGAAGACAAAGAAGAAGAUCGAAACGUUCCUUUUUUAUACGACGAAAUCUUGUAUCAAUUUGGAGAGGAUCAAGAAGAAGACAGUUUCGACGAGACCUCGCGAGAAGACGAAGAAGAAGAGGAAGAACAACGACGCCCGGCGGGACUCCUAUCGAAGACGACGACGACGACGACGACGACAAAGAGAGUGACCAAGGUUGAAAUCAUGGGCGCUGGAGAUUCAAAACCGACUUCUGCGAGUUCUUCUGAACAACAACAACAACAAAUACUUCUUCAACAACAGAAACAGAAACAAAACAGACCGAUUGAUGUCGCGGAAGCGAUGCGCGUUGGCGAUAAAUCGAAAGACGCGGGAGGUUUGCAUCCCAGAGGACACGGCGCGAUGGGCAAACAACCUCUGAAUAGUAGUAACGCUCUAAACAGCGGCAACGAGACGGCGCUUUCCUCGACGAGAGAUCCAAAAAGCCCGAAGAUGAUGGGAUCUGGACAGAAGUCCCCGAGACCAAUCGCCGGGACGUCGUCGCUCGUCGUCCAGAACGGCAGAAAAGAAAAAGAAAUAGACUUUCCAGCGUUGACGUUGAGACAAGUCGUGAAGUUUGCCGUUCCCGCACUCGGGGCCGUUUUGUGCGAUCCAGUCAUGACUUUAGUGGAUACUGCGUGCGUCGGCCGCAUAUCGGCGACGUAUCUAGCGGCUUUGGGACCGAACACGUCCAUUUUCGGUUUCGUCGCGAUGAUAUUUCAGUUUCUGACGAUUGCCACGACUGGCAUGGUGAGCAGAAAUAUGGACGCGAAGGACGCGAAAGGAUUAGCGAUGGUCAUCUCCGACGCACUCACUAUUGCGAUUGUUAUGGGCGUGUUAGCGGCUUUUGGUAUGAUUGUCUUCGCGGUGCCGCUUUUAGAUCUCAUGCAAACGCAACCUCACGUCAUGCAACCGGCGGUGACGUAUUUAAGAACGAGAGCUUUCACGAUGCCGUGUUUUUUAAUAACGCUCGUUGGUACGGCGACGUGUCUCGGACAAAGAGAUUCACAAUCGCCGAUGAAAAUUUUCGCUUUCGCCGGAGGAUUGAAUUUAGUUUUGGAUUUGUAUUUAGUCAUUGGUCCACCUAAAAUGGGCAUCGCGGGCGCCGCCAUUGCUACCGCGAUUUCGCAAACGUUCGGAGCUUUGAUCUUUCUGCGAAAGCUUUCGAGAAAUCACAAUUUGAUGUUUCGAAUGCCUACGAGAGCGCGUUCGAAACCAUUUAUCACCGCUGGUGGCGUCUUAUCCGUUCGAUCGGUGUGUAUUAUGUUGUUUUAUAGUUACGCAGCGGCUUUGGCGUCGACAAUCAACGUCGUUACAAUCGCCGCGCACCAAGUCGUGGCGGGUAUCGUUUCCGUGGCGCAGUUUUGUCCGGAACCUUUAUCGGCGUGCGCGCAGUCCGUGCUCGCCACGGCUGGACCGAGGAAUGCGAACGGUUUCGCGACGAGUAAAGAAUCGCUUUAUGUGAGGAAAGCUGGGAGAUUACUUUUAUUAGCUGGGUUGGGAUUAGGAGCGGGAGUUGGCGCAAUCUGCGCCUCUAUUUUAGCGUAUCAACCGGAGAUGUUUACGAAGAACGCGACCGUAAUGACAGAGGUAGGAUCCGUGGCGCCGAUUGUAUUUUUCUCCAUCUUAACGUAUUGUUGCGUUUGCGUCACGGACGGGUUAGUUUUUGCCACUGGGAGAAUAGAAUUUGCCGCUCUCACGCAGGUUAUCAACUUGCCUCUCUCGGCGUACGCGUUGUGGUUUUGCGUGUCAAAGCAAGAGCUCGGGUUAUUCGGUAUUUGGUUCGUCGUCCUCGGACUCUUCAUUUUGCGAGUCUCGGAGAACAUUUUCAUUUUAGCCCGAGACUUGGGACCGCAAGCGUGGAGAAAGAUUGUCAGUCCAGCCGAGCGCAUGUCCAUGGAGGAGGAAGACUUCAACGACGUAGAGAGCCAAAAACAAAACUAG